AUGAAUGUGCUUACACCACCUCUUCACAGAGGCAUGAUGGAACUUGAGCGUUCAGCUUUUAAAAAGGUGAUUAGCACGCUUGUCAUUAAAGUGCCUACCAAAAAAGUUGGCAUUUUCAUGAAAACUUUCGACGAAGAUUUAUUCAACCAACCCAGAACUCGUAACGUUUUGCCUGAUCCAGAGUCUAAAGAAACCAAGCUUAUUAUUUUAAGAACUGACUUGGAGAAAAUUGAUGAUUUGCCUAAAGAAAAGAUCGAUAUGAUCAAGGAACAAGGAUUAAGCACUUUUAAACAUGAAAUUGAAUUCGAUUACAACUUCUGGACUACGGAACAAAUUUUACAUGCUGUCAUGCCAGAAGAUGCUCAAGAUAUUCCUUCUUCGUUCACUCAAAUUGGGCAUAUUGCUCACAUGAAUUUACGUGAAAGUUACUAUCCUUGGAAAAAAUUGAUUGCUCAAGUCAUUUUAGAUAAAAAUAAGAAUAUCACAACUGUCGUAAAUAAGGUUGACAGCAUUGACACUACCUUUAGAUUCUUUAAAAUGGAAGUAUUGGCUGGCGAGGAUAAUUUAAUUGCUGAAGUGAAAGAAAGUGGGUGCAAAUUCAAAUUCGAUUUCUCCAAAGUUUACUGGAACUCAAGGUUACACACUGAACACGAUAGAUUAGUUCAACUCUUUAAAAAGAACGAGUACGUGUGUGAUGUCUUUGCCGGUGUCGGUCCCUUUGCCCUUCCCGCUGCUAAAAAAGGGGCGAUUGUGUACGCAAAUGAUCUGAACCCUUCUUCCCAUGAAUGGAUGAAGGAGAAUAUUAAGGCCAACAAAAUUAAAAGCGGGAUCUAUCCUUAUAACAUGGAUGGCCGUGAAUUCAUUCGACAGGCUGUGAAAGAUUUACAAGCUACCUCAAAGAACGAAUGGAAAACAUUUGAUCAUUUUGUCAUGAACUUGCCUGCCACAGCUAUUGAUUUCUUGGAUACAUUCCGAGGUUUAUAUCAUGAUCAAAAACAUCUUUAUGAUACUCGUGCAAAGUUACCUAUGAUUCACUGCCAUUGUUUCACAAAAAGUACGGAUGCUAUGCAAGACAUUACUGAGCGUGUUGGAACAAUUAUGGGAGGAAAGCCUGAUCCUUUGAAAACAACAUUACAUUGGGUCCGUAACGUAGCACCUAAGAAGGACAUGUACUGCAUAUCCUUUCCUUUGAGUUCCGAGUUAGCAUUUGCAGCACCCAACAAGUAUAACUUUAAAAAAAAAAAAGUGCUCCAACCCCCAAACUAA